AGGCACUCUGACUAAGUGGAAACACCCAGGUCCGUGGGAACUGAUCUCACCUCUCCAGAAUGUGGGCAGACGGGACAAAGACGAGCAGUGCCCAAGGGACCACAGAAGGGACUGCGGUAGCCCCGGCGGCUUUGGGAAAGAAUGGAGUUCCCGGUAUUUCUGGCCGGCACGCGCCUCCUGCUUUUGACAAGGGACAAGGGAGAAGGGGGAAGGUCCUGGCUUGGCAAGGACGUGGCCCGCCUCCAGGGGGAUCCGGCGGAGCCAGCGGUGACAGCGGAAGGGCAUGUGGACAGAGUGACUCACUUUCCAGGAGGGGUGGAGACAGCGCCCUCCCCGCCUUCCAGGGAAUUGGAUACACACUCGGAGGAGGCGAGGAAGAGGCGAGGGCACACAAAGGCACUAAGAAGAAGACGUUGAGCAUCCAUCGACCCUGGACCAAGAAGUCGAUUCCAGAAGAAGAAGACGGCCAUGUGAACAUGGAGACAAAGUCAAGAAAUGACAAGGAUUGCCAGAAGUCACAGGAUUCUCUCCCAGAGCCUUUGGAGGGAGUGUGGCUUCGCCAACACCUUGAAUUUGGACAGUACCUUUCUGUGGUUUUAAGCCACCCCAUCUGUGGUUGUUACAGCAGCUUUGGGAAACUAAUACCAGCGCAACCUCAGGUUUCUGUCCACUAGAUAACAACGCCCCCCCUCUCCCCCCCCCCCCCCGCCUCGGUUAUAACAGACAAAAAUGUCUCCAGAUUGUCCCUCCCCUAGGCCCUACCCCCAGCCACUGCUCUCACAGGGUGGAUAGGACGAGAAGAGCCGAGUGGGAUGAACCUGGGCUUGAAUUCCAGCCCCACCCGGAAUAGCUACGUGACCUGGAGAAAGUUGCUCAACUUCUCUGCAGCUCCGUCUCCUCCCGAGUGACAUGGGGGUUGAGAAGGUACCAGCAUCUCCUCGAACCACCAGGCCGAUGCCGUGAGAUAAGGUGUGGGACGUGCUCAGCUCAGCACGGCGUCUGGCGCGUAGGUAGCGCUCAGUAAAUAGAAUCUCAAACAACCGUUGUGAUACGUGUUUUUAUUGAGCAACAAUAUUACCCGAGUGAUGAUAAAUAUGUUAGGAAAUAACAAUGGCAAUUGGCAGUGCUGUUCUUUAAAGCUCGCAAGCUGAGUCAGGUUUCCACGUGAUCAUCCACUAUGAAUGGCUGCCAGACAGACCGGCCAGGAGCUGCUUCUCAGAAGGCAUGACAUUUCCUGCUGUGGACCGCGUGGUCUUUCCCCACAGUUCCAGGUAUUGCACUAUGAUUCCCCUGGAUCCUCCUUAAAGCUGUGUUGGAAUGAACCCCGUGAAUCACAGAAGGACGCCUCAAGAAGUCGAAUUAAAGAGUCACAUUUAUUGCAAUCUGGGAC